UUUUACGAUGGACUCAGACGAAGAAACACUGCUCUUAGUGUUACUAUUGAUAAAAAAAAAAGAAUUUUGAACAAAAAACAAAAAAAAAAGAAGCCUAAGACAACGUUGCCAUUAUUUUGUAUAACCCAACAAACUGAAUUUUAUAAAGUGAAAAGUUACAGUGAUCAAAAAUUUCAGAAUUAUUUAAGACUGUCAAGAAAACAAUUCUACGAAUUACUUUCUCGUUUAGAACCUUAUAUUGGAAAACAAAAUACAACCUUCAAAAAUACUAUUUGUGCUGAAGAGAGACUAUUUAUAACACUCAGGUUCUUGGCAGAAGGUUGCAGUCUUACAAAUUUAUAUCAUACGUAUAAUCGUGGACUUUCUACGAUUUGUGCUAUUGUCAGAGAAGUUUGUCGAGCAAUAUACGAAAACCUCCAUACUAUUUAUAUACCUGAGCUUCAAGAAGAAGAUUGGUUAAUUAUUGCUAACGGAUAUUACACUAAGGCCAAUUUCCCUAAUUGCUUGGGUGCUAUUGAUGGAAAACAUAUAAGAGUAAUCAAACCAGAGCAUAGUGGUUCUCUAUAUUACAAUUAUAAAAAUUACUUUUCUAUUGUUCUUUUAGCGAUAUGUGACUCAAACUAUUGUUUUACGUACAUAGAUGUUGGGUCAUAUGGAAAAGCUUCUGAUUCGCAAAUUUUCAAAAAUAGUAACUUUUACAAAAGACUACAUGAACAGGACUUAAAUAUUCCCAAUCCGUUGCCAAUUACAAAUGAUGGACCACCAGUGCCUUUUAUUUUCAUUGGUGACGAAGCAUUCGGAAUUAGUAAUUUUAUACAACGACCUUACGCUGGCAAUCACCUAAAUGAGAAGAAACGUAUUUUCAACUAUCGUUUAUCGAGGGCAAGAAGAUACAUUGAGUGUUCGUUUGGCAUAAUGGCAAAUAAGUGGAGAAUUGACAACAUUUCAAAUUUUUAAGCCGUGGUUUUUUUGUGCUAUUUCGAAAGUACUUGUUUAAAUAGAAGACACGUAUUUUUUCUUUUCAAGAUUUUUCCACCAGAAGUUACAAAAAAUAUUUUUUGAAAAUUGGAUUCUGCCAUUGAUAGAAUGAAGGCAGUAUAAUGUAAUGUACCUUUGCAUGCGUAUUUAAAACAAUAGCUGUUUGAUAUUGUCUGUGGGGAUGUCGAAUGUCAUUGUCAUUAGUCUGUUUUAGCAUUUUAGGUUAAGGCUUUUCGGCGGGAAACGGGAACGGGACAGUUGCUUUCUUCAUUGAGUAAUCUAAAUAAUUAAUACGAAGUGGUGUUUUGUGGUUAAUGAUCGCAUUAAGUUAGUCGGAAGACAUUCGCGAGUGUUAUUAUAUUGGAGUAUUCAAUAAACAAAGUGUAUCUGCCUAUU